ACUUCUUUGUUCCCAGCGUUGGGCCCACUCCUGCCCCAAAUGAAUGUGUUCGGGCGUCAACUUGGCAUAUCCCCUGGCGCCAUGGGGCUCGUGACGUCAGUGCUGCCCCUGCUGUGGGCCGCCGCCAAGCCGCUCUUCGGCUACGUCGUCGACUUCUGGCCGACUCAUAGAAAACUAGUCUUCAUGCUUCUAAUCGCGACGAUGACGGGCUCCUACUGUUGUCUCUGGUUCCUCCCUAUGCCGGAACCGCCGCCACAGAUAACAGAAAACGUUUACACGCUCAACGACACUGUCUACUUAAAAAAAGUUGACUAUACUACCAAAUACGAACUCUUAUUGCAAAAAUUCAGCUGUCAGUGGACGUGUUCUAAUGAGACUUUUGACGUUUAUCUGUCAAACUCGACUUACGUUAAUACAGUGUUUGUGGAUAUUCAUGUGGGGAAUCGAUCUUGCUCGCUCUUUAAUAUGGAGUUUAAUGAUGAGAGAGAGGGAGACGUCAUAUGUGUGCCAAAGACGGAUUGUAAUCUUAUAUGCUUGGAUAAAGAUUUGAAUGGCACAGAGCUUAAUGUUACGAAUGGGACGAAUUUGGAAAAUUCUGUGUCUAUGGAUGCCACAGAUAAUUUAUAUAUGACAUCUGUUUUCUGGGCGUUCGUGGUAUUAAUGUGUGUUGGUACUGUGGCGUUCAAUGUUGCCAACUGCAUUGGGGAUGCCGUUUGCUUCGAUGUGCUAGGCACAGAUCGCGCCUCAAAAUACGGCGCCCAACGCGCCUGGGGUACCGCCGGUUACGGCCUCACAGCGCUCUUGGGCGGGGCCCUGAUAGACCUCACCUCCGGAGCUUAUAAGGACUUCACACCGGCCUUCGUUAUAGCCCUAGCGGCUACCGCUGUGGAUUUAUACAGUUGCAGAGCGCUAAAUCUACCCUCACUAUCCAGUCCGGACGACUCCGGCAAAGCGUUACGCGAUGUCCUGCGCAUCCCGCGUGUUCUCGUCUUCAUACUGUUCGCUGUCGUGGCCGGGACUUUCGACAGUUUCAUCAUUUACUACAUGUUCUGGUUCCUAGAAGAGCUGGCGGAGGAGACCGGCUCGAUGGCGAAGAUUAAGCUCAUAGAGGGCGUCGUGGUCGCCGGGCAGAGCUUCAUAGGAGAGCUGUUGUUCUUCUACUUCUCUGGUAAAAUAAUAAAACGGUGGGGCUACGGCGCCACACUAACGCUGUCUCUGUUCUGCUACGCGCUGCGUCUCGCUCUGAUCUCAUUCAUUCAGCACCCGUGGCAUCUCGUUUUUAUCGAGUCAAUAAUGCAGGGCCCUACAUACGCGCUAUGCUACUCGUGUAUAGUGGGGUAUGCGGCCUGCGUAGCCCCCGAAGGUUACUCGGCCACGGUCCAAGGCGUUGUGGCUGGCAUGGACGAUGGAGUCGGUUUCGCGCUGGGCUCGCUGGUGGGCGGGCAGCUGUACGCGCGGGCGGGCGGGCGCGGCGCCUUCCGCGUGCUGGCGGCCGGCGCCGCCCUCGCCGCCGCCGCGCAUCUCUGCAUGCACCGCCUCGUCACCAGACACCAAGAACAAAAAGCGGAACAAUCCACUCCAGAAGGCGAGAAGAUGUUAGAAGUUGACAGCAGCGCCAUCUAUCGAGCGACGGUCGUACCGCUCGAGAAAAACGAAAAUAGAUAACGAGAUUACGAGUUUACGCUACUCGACGUCAGAUGGCACUACUUGUACACAGAUAUACAUCUAAAUAGACGCCGCGUGUGCAACGACUCCUUUAAAAAAUCAAGAGAUUAAUGUCAAACGGUCGUAUUUUAGACACAGUCAUUGACGUGGUAAUUAUAAAACGUCCGUUUGUGUCAAAAAGUGACGUUCGCACGCUUUGUUAUGUCGCUGACAACCGUAUCUAUCAUACGUAGAGCUAGACCAAGAAAAGUCUGGAGCGAUUUUGACAGCCCUCGCAGUGCCAGUGUUAUUU